AUGUUUAUACAGUUUUUAUUGUUAUUGUUACCUCUAGUUCAAUGGUGUCAUGCAGAGACACACACUUUUAAUUUUACUACCAGUUAUAAAAAUGUUACAAUCCCGGGCACUAAUAGAGUAAAACAAGUUAUAGCAUUUAAUGAUGAAUGGCCUCUUCCUGAGAUUCAUAUCAAUAAAGGUGAUCGUGUUCAGAUAUAUUUGACUAACGGAUUCGAAGGCAUUCAUAGGGCAUUGACUUCUUUACAUGUUCAUGGUAUAUUUCAUAACACAUCAUAUGGGAAUCGUUUACAAAUGGAUGGACCUUCUAUGAUUACACAAUGUCCAAUCCCACCGGGACAAACAUACCUUUAUAAUUUCACGGUCGAUAACCAAGUCGGAACCUACUGGUAUCAUGCACAUCAAGGUGCUCAGUAUGGUGAUGGUUUCAGAGGCGCAUUUAUUGUCCAUGACCCUGAGAUUCCAUUUGAAUUCGAUGAAGAGAUGGUAUUCACAAUAACUGAUUUAUAUUACGAACCUUAUUAUGAUAUUGAAAAACAAUUUUUAAGUAGAUACAAUCCCAUGGGGAAUGAGCCUAUCCCUAAUCAAUUUUUGUUUAACGAGAAAUCGUGGGGGGAAAUGAAAUUUGAAGUUGAUAAGACAUAUUUGAUUAGGUUUAUUAACGUUGGGUUAUUUGUUUCCCAAUAUUUGACUCUUGAGGAUCAUUCUUUUGAAAUUGUUGAGGUAGAUGGUGUUUAUGUAAAAUCCAAUGUAACUGAUGUCUUAUAUUUGGCUGCAGGUCAAAGAAUUUCCGUAUUAGUGCAUUCAAAGAAAUCUAAACCAAAUAAGAAUUAUGCAUUAAUGCAAAUAGCAGAUGAUACUAUGUUAGAUACUAUCCCUGAGACGUUGAAUUUACAAAUUACCAAUCAAGUUAUUUAUGAUUAUGACCUCGAUGAUGCUGAACCACUGAAAAAUUUAACCCAAGAAACACUUGAUAAACGUGCUAGCAAUGAUUUUUAUUUGACUACAUUACAUGAGACUCCAUUAUAUGAGAAAUAUGAUAAUCAAAUUGUGCUAGAUGUUAGAAUGGAUACAUUGGGAGAUGGUGUAAAAUAUGCUUUCUUCAAUAAUAUUACCUAUGUUCCACCAAGAAUCCCUGUCUUAACUACAGUUUUAACCGCAGGGAAAUUAGUAACAAACCCAGCAAUUUAUGGGGAUAAUAUCAAUGCUUUCAUCCUGGAGAAAGAUUCAAUUGUGGAAAUUGUCUUAAAUAAUUAUGAUACAGGUAGACAUCCAUUCCAUUUCCAUGGUCAUAAUUUCCAAGUCGUUCAAAAAUCGCCUGGUUUCCAUGUUGGUGAAAAUUUCGAUCCAAGUCUACAGGAUAAAAUGACUGUCCCAUACAACGAAUCUAGUCCUUUGAUGGAAUAUCCUGAUUUUCCAAUGAUUAGAGACACUGUUAUAUUGGAACCCAAUGGUCAUACGGUUAUAAGAUUUAAAGCCAAUAACCCUGGUGUAUGGUUUUUCCAUUGUCAUGUAGAUUGGCAUUUGCAGCAAGGUCUUGCCGCUGUCUUUAUCGAGGACCCACAAACUUUACAACAACGUGAAACUUUAACAGAUAAUUAUAAAGAAGUUUGCGACAGUGUAGGAAUGGCAAAUAAAGGUAACGCUGCGGGGCAUUCGAAUGAUUGGUUAAAUAUGGAAGGUUUACCAAGACAACCAAAACCAUUAGCACCUGGUUUCACCUUAAAGGGAUACAUUGCAUUUUUUAUAUCUACGAUUGUCGGUUUGUGGGGACUGUAUUCUAUUACACAAUAUGGUCUAACUGAAGUUAUUCCAGAUGAUGAAGUAACUUAUGAUACUUUAAAGAAAGUUCUCGAUGAUAACAAUAUUCAAUAUUGA